UCUUUCUGUUUACCAGACGAUUCAACAAAUAGAAAUCUUAAAAAUCCUUUAUUUACACAGUCCUGAAGUCAUGUCAAAUAGAUCAUCGAUAUUAGUUGAUUACUCAGAGAAGUUAGAAAAGUAUUGUAAAGAUUCAAAUAUAAAAAGUUUUGAUUACUCAAAAUUUAGUAAGCUCGAAAAAAUUGGACGCGGUGGGUUUGCAAUCGUAUAUUCGACCGUUUUCCUAGAAGAAAAGUAUGCACUGAAAAGAAUAUGUAAUUCUCUGAAUAAGAAGAAAUUUAUUGACGCUACUCUUUCAGAUUAUGCUGAUAUUUAUAUUAAGUGCUGCUCUUCUGAACUUGACCAGCGUCCAACACCAGAUGAAAUUUCAAAAAAGCUCGAAAAUCUAUCAGAGAAUACAACUGAUAAAUUUAUUAAAAAUUGCAUUAAUAAAAAUAAUCAGCAAACUGUGCAAUCAAUCCUAAAUUAUUUAGAACGAUUAGAUUCAUCUAAUAUUAUAACUGAAAAUAUAAACAUGGAUAAGCAUCACGAAGGUAAUCAAAAUGGCUCGGAAAAUAAUACGCAUUUAAAAAACGACGCAGCCGAGGAAUUGAACGAAUUUGAUGAAACUGCUUCGAAUAAUAAUCUUGCAGCCUUAAAUGAGAUCAUGAAUUUACUCCCCCGAUCGAGCAAUGGUUCUGAAGAAGUAAUACAAAUACCAACCAAAACCAUUAACGAAUUAUGGAGUUUCUUUGUCACAUACUUCUUAAAUACGGGACUUUUAUGG